AUGAAUGAAUUCAGUGGCAGAGAUGCUGCCAUAAAAUAUUCCAAGCAAUCAUCGUUGGAUUCCGCGAUAACUACAAAAAUUUUAAACGAGUUAGGAAAAUGCUACGGCGAAAUAUCUGAUAAGGAUGUGAAGUUUCAAUUUAUGGUCGACGCUGGAUGCGGCAGUGGAAGAUCGACCAGAGCCUUUUCGCCUAAUUUCAAUUCAAUCAUAGGAUUCGACAUCAGUUCCGAGCAAGUAAAACUAGCUCAAGAGAUGGAAUUGGAAGAAAACGUGUCUUACGCCGUUGGUAACUCUGAUGCUUUUCCCUGUGGAGACGGAAGCGUCGAUUUGGUUACAAGUUGUUUUUCGUUGCAUUUCAUGGAUGUAACAAAUUUUGUAGGUGAAUGCGAACGGGUGCUAAAGCCCAAAGGCAUGGUUGCUGCGUAUGGGUUUCAAAUAUCAAAUAUUGAAAUGGAAGACGGCGCUAAAGAUGCAAAAUCAGGAUAUGGAGUUUUCAAAGAAUUGUACUUCAAGCCUCUUACUGAUUACGUCAAAAAAAUAAAUCACCCACAACAACACGUUAGUGAUCGCUAUCAAGCUUUAUAUGACGGAAUCGACACAAAAUUGCAGAAAUGGCGAGAUGACGAAGUGAAAUUUAAGAUUCGCACUAGCUUUAAAAAGUUCAAGGAAGAUGAAAUGACCGUGCCAAUAUUUCAGAAAUUUUCUGACAGUUUUUCGGUGAAUGCCUACGAUAGAUUAUUUCAAAAGUUGAAUGAGUGCUGGAAAAUUCCCCAUACGGCAGAUAAAGAUGUUGAUGUGAUAAUAACUUAUUCAUUGUUUUUCAUUUUUAUGAAAAAAUAA